AUGGGGAAGAAGCGCAAGCGACCCGGUAAGGACCGUGGUCCCACGUCCUCGUCGCACCUCGGUGUCACCACUGGUACCCGCCGUUUCAGAACUUCAGCCCCAAUUUCCAGCACCAGCCAUCCUGUGAUUUCCCUGUACUACGCCAACGUAUUAUCGCUGCGGGAUUACCUUCUUCAGCGACUUCCUCGAACAUCCAAGUCGCGUCGGCGUCGCAUCAGGACACUAGCCUCGCCAUGCGAACAGGCAGAACCCUCCGCAUUGGCCCAGCUCCUCGACUCCACUCUGGUGGGCGUGCGAAAGGACGCCCCGGAGAUCAACUCCGGCCACCAGAAAGAAUUCCAGUCCUUUUCGCAGUCGCAAUCGCGCUCGCUGGUGAGCAGCGACACGGGGCUGACCUACCUGCAGUCGGAGGUGGUUGAUUUCGUGAUCUGGAAACUGUUCAAUCAAAAUGGCUACGGGAAGCCUCAGCAUUUACUGGCGCAUGGCUUCCAGCGUCCGUCAAUGGGGGGACGCGCCCAGGAGACUGGGAUCCCGGGCAUCGUUUGCCAAUUUCCCAAUCACAGUGUCGCAACCCUCAAGGAAGGCCCUUGGGUAGAGGUUCUAGGUUUGCUCGGCAGCAGCGGAGAGGAGAUCAUGAUGCAUCUGCUGUUAGAUUGUGGCGUCUUUGCGGCUAUAAACGCCCAGAGGGGGGUUUACUACCAGCUGAGUGGCCUCCCCAUGCCCGAUCUGGGAAUUCUGAACGCGCCUUCGAAGCCCAAGGCACCAUUGGACGCGCAGAACACCACUCCCGUCAAGAGCGAUCGGACAAAGAACGACUGUCAACCGAAGCCUGCCAACCCUUUCGGUCCAAACAGCAUUAUUUUUGUUCGCCGGCAGAUCAUGUAUGGGCGGGUGGAAGCCAAAAGGGGGAUACCUUGUGGGCUGGGGCAGAUGCACGUCCUUAACCGGUUCCCGACACUUGAUUCACCGGCACAAACGGUUCAUGUGAUGAAGUACAUUUUCCCCCGCCAAUUCGGUCUGGAGAACGUGUUUAUACCAGGACCCGAUGGACGCAAGAGCACAGCCCACCUCAAAAGCCAGGGCUCUCGCGAGACGGAGAUAUCUCAACUCGAUCAGAAGCGACGCCUCCGCCAGCCCCGGUCCGAGAAUGAAUGCGCCAAUGCAGAUGGUGGCGUAGAAAGUCUCAAAGUUCCCAAGAGACUUCGCGGCGUCGUUGAAAUCAUCCGGAAGAUACGGAAUCGCAAUGCACAGUGUUGCUAUAGCGAGAUGUUGCGGUAUUAUUGUCCGACUGAACAAACCGGACCAAACAGACUUGGCGCAUUGGCUUCGACGCCCCAAGAGAGCCAGCCAAUCUCAUCUCACGAGUCAAAUUUAGUAACACAAGUACCGAGAAUGCCCAGUGGUGAUUCUGCGCAGAUUGGAGCCGCGAUGUUGAAGCCGCUGCAGGCUGGGGAUGCACCCGGACCUGAGCAGUCGAUUCGAAACGCCAAAGUCAGUUUGACUGACUAUGCGACACCACCCUCUUCUGUUUCCGCGUUCUGCCGGGCUGUUUUCCAAAAAUUGAUUCCCCGGCAGUUACUGGGUGAUGGGCCGGAGGGCAUUUCGAACUACAAAAUUGUUCUGCGACACAUCGACCGCUUUGUUGAAAUGCGCCGAUACGAGUCAUUGAAUCUGCAUGAGGUUUGCAAAGGGAUCAAGAUUACCAGCAUUGGUUGGAUGGAUCUUCCCCAGGUCCAGACUUCACGAUCUGAGACAAAACCGAAGAUCGCUCUGUCAGACUUGCAAAAACGCACCGAGUUACUUCACGAGGUCAUUUUUUGGAUUUUCCAAUCGGUCCUUAUUCCCCUGAUCCGCUCACAGUUUUACGUCACCGAGUCUCAGACGCAUCGGAACCGCCUCUUCUAUUUUCGUCACGAUGUAUGGAGGCAGCUGAUCGAGCAGCCGUUCGGUGAAUUGAAGGCUGCCAUGUUCGAGGAGCUCGAGCCUGAGCAUGCCAAGCGGGUCUUGACUCGUCGGUCUUUCGGACACGGUGCUCUUCGUUUGCUUCCCAAGUCUACCGGAAUUCGACCUAUUUUGAAUCUUCGCAAACGGUUCUGGAAAGAGUCGCGCUAUGGGAAGGGAGGAAGGUACCUUGCCAAGAGCAUCAACACGAUCAUCACGCCUAUCUACGACAUGCUGAAUUAUGAACGCCUGCAGGCUCCUGCCAAAUUGGGCUCAACUUUGUCGUAUAUUGGAGAUAUGCACUACCGCCUGAAGACAUUCAAAGAACAACUGUGCAGCCAAUCACCCUCAACCCACCAGCCUCGGCAUUCCAAGCUCCCACCCUUGUAUUUUGUCAAACUUGAUAUCCAGGCUUGUUUUGAUACAAUCCCGCAGGGAAAGUUGCUCGAUCUGGUCGCGGAAUUGGUUUCAGAGGACAAUUACCGUAUUUGCCGACAUGGGGAAAUCCGACAGCCACUUUCGAAAGCGCAAAAUGCAUGGCCAAGAAGGAAAUUUUUGUCCCGCGCCGGACCUAUUGAUCAACCGAUGUGUCUACCGGACUAUAUCAGGAACGGAAAUAUCGGAGGAAAGCCCAAUACUGUGUUCGUGGACUCCUCUGCACAAACACAAGAAGACACGGAGAAACUGCUGGCCCUUCUCAACGAGCAUGUCCGCAGUAAUCUUGUGCAGAUGGGAAAGAAAUUCUUCCGCCAACGCAACGGAAUUCCCCAGGGAUCUGUGUUAUCCAGCUUACUCUGUAAUUUCUUCUACGCCGAGCUGGAGCGAAAAGAGCUAGGAUUCAUCGAUCCCAGAGACUCUCUUCUUCUCCGACUCGUGGACGACUUUUUGCUGAUCACGCCCAAGGCCGACGUGGCAAUGCAAUUCGUGGAGACUAUGCUCCACGGCCAACCUUCAUACGGCGUCCGAGUCAAUCCAGCCAAAAGCAUGACCAAUUUCAGCGCAGCCGUCAAUGGCGUAUUCCUCCCCCGACUUGAAGGCUCGAACCUGUUCCCUUACUGUGGCACCCGUAUCUCAACACACACUCUUGAAAUCCACCGAGAUCAGGACCGUCUUCUAGAAAACGGCGAAUGUGCUGCUGCAUCCAUUUCCAAUACCCUGACGGUUGAGGCAGCCCGCCUCCCCGGUCGCGCUUUUACCCGAAAAGUCCUCUCGGCAUUCCGCUUACAGCUGCACUCCAUGUACAUCGACGACGGCCACAACUCUCAGGCCGUUGUGCUGGGAAACCUGUAUGCCAACUUCAUGACCUCGGCGAUGAAGAUGUACCGCUAUAUGAAGUCACUUCGGGGCCGUGCGCACCCCGGUCCCGCGAUCGUCACGCAGACCAUCCGUGAGUUGAUCCAGGUGGCGGCCGGAUCGAUCCAGGGGCGACGUGUCGAUCAGAAGGGCUCGUUCUCAUGCUCUGUGCAGCUGUCUCAAUUAAAGUUCUUAGCCGCUGCGGCGUUUCGAUUCGUCUUGAAACGAAAGCAGACGAGGUAUGUGGAGGUGCUGCGCCGGCUGGACUUGUUGACUCGAGAGUCUCGACCCACUUCAGAUUCCGCAUCGCUGAGGAUGGCGCAUGUGGUGAAGAAGGGGAAUGCAAUGUUUGAGCAAUGGCGGUUCUAA